UACCAACCCGACUUUGACUAUCUUCCGCUUCUUUUGGCUCGGCUCAUCACUGAAGUAAAUUGGAAUGAGGAGCUACCAUGUCUUCGAGGAGUAUCUAGAGUGCUUGCUGAUUUUUAUGCUAUCCAGCCUAGACUGACGUCAUUUCUGACUAAGAAUAAACGUGGCAACGUCACUGAAGCUAAUGACAAUUGUCAACGUAAAAGCCUUGAUCAGCCUGGUCACAAGGAUGAUUGCGAAAAUCGCCUUGAAGAUAUCGAUGAAGUCAGUAGUGAGGAGGAACCAAUUCUAGAGGUUAGUGGUGAACCAUCGGCCAAGUUGAUGAAAACUGAGCCCAAUCUUGAGCAAGAUCUGGUUUCUGUUCAAUCAGAUGAACUGGACAAUGAAAACUCGCCUAAAUGUAGGGCAGAAACAAAACAGGACUCUUUAAAAACGACGAACUUUCGAUGGACCAUCGAAAAUGUUAUCCUUCCAACCUUGAAAGCCUCACUAUGGCCAACCAAAAAGCUGCUUUUCGGUGAAUCACAAAUUGAUGUCACUGAGGCUGCCGCUUUCUCCGAUCAAACGUCAUUGCAAAGCUCUCUCCCAUCAAUUUAUCGUUUGACUUCACUAAAUGACCUUUAUAAAGUCUUUGAGCGCUGUUAG